AUGAGAUGUGUUGGCCUCGUUGAGAUGGAUGCCACAUCUGCCAUGUCCACUCCUUCGUCGGUGGAUUCGCGACCCCAUCAUCCUGCAUGCGAUCUGUGUCAUGCGCGAAAGGUACGUUGCGAUCGACAAGAUCCCUGUGGGAACUGCCAGGACGCCAACACGGCAUGUCUUCGUCAGCGACCUCCUCGCCGGCAUCGUAAGGAAUUAGUCCGACGUGGUCCCAAUCCCCACCCCCGUUCCUCUCGGGAAUCACGCCCCAUCCAGCCGGCUUUGCAGCAAACUGAGGGACCGACGGUAGAUUCGGGGGUAUCUCAUUCGUCCCACAUGGACAAACGGCGGAAUCCGUCGGACGGGCUUGGGGAGCCGCAGGGCUGGAUCUCGCUCGUGCCCUUAACCGACGCUCAGAUCUCCGGCACCUUGUAUCAGUUCGAUUACGUAUCCGGACUGACAGUCGAUCGGCGCGAGGCUCUUGAAUCGGCUCUACGGGUUGCCAGUCACGUCUCGGACAGUGUUGACAGCGCCGGCCAAGUGAGUGGUAUGGCUAUUUCUGUAGUAGACGGGCUUCCCAAGAUCCCCGGUGCCGAAUUUCUCUCCUGGAUGCUACGAGAUAUCGAAUGUGAUCGCUUCGGCGCUUAUGUACAAGACUAUUUCCGACAUGUCUCCCUCUCUUCUCUCAAGAAGAUGGGCCUGGCGCUGUUACGUCGAGAGGUGCCAGCCCCGACUUCGACCAUCUACACGGUCUGUGUUAAUGCUGUGGCAUACAAAUUCUUGACUACCGUCCUGACCGUCGACGGCGGCGACGAUCUGACCGAGGAUUUGCGUGUCAGGGCCCAGGAAUACCGUGCCAGUGCGCAGGCCGCGCUGAAGCAAAUACCCUUGGUGACUCCACCGUCUUUGGCCCUCUUGCAGGCCUUGCUAUGUGGUGUUUUCCUUCACCAAGGCUCUGGUGAUACGACGUUAUGCUGGGGCCUGACGAAGGCUGCCUGUCGGGUUUGUGUGGACUUAGGUUUGGAUGUAGCCGUCCUUCAGGGCGCCAGCAUCAGCUCGGAUACCUAUUACUGUGUUAUAUGGUGCUAUAUGCUCGAGAAGAACUACGCCUGUAAGACUGGUCACUGUCGAUCCUCACUUAGCGCGUCCCUGGGGACAGACCUGCCCUCCUUGCCCCCGCCUGGUGUGCCCGUUUCCGGCCUCCUCGAGAUUUACAUCGACCUCGCACGUAUCCAAGCCGUACUGCUACCGUACCUGGAGAGCUCAUCGGCAGAGUCCCGUGAAGGGCCCACCUUUGACGAUGUGGGCGACGAAUUGCUCUCGAAGAUGAACCAGAUCCAUUCGAAGAUUGAGCAGAUUGCAUCUCCGUCACCUCUCUGGAAAGGUUUAGACAUGAAUAGCGAAGUUGCCGCACUGCAAUUUGCAUUCCACUCCGUCAUGACUGCCAUCUUUCAUCUUAGACAGGUCACCUCUAGCCAGACCGCCAGCUCUACAGAGCUUUAUCUACAGUCAGCGCGUCAACCCUUGUCGGCAUUGGUGUCAAUGUGUUUGUCCUGUGACAAGCAAAGCACCGUUGCCUUUCUACAUUGGACCUUAUUGUACUACCCUCUCACGGCCUAUUUUGUAUUAUUUUGCAAUGUCGUAACCACGGCCAACCUUGCGGACUUCGAACUUUUGAGCACCAUUGCCGACUGCUUGGCACACAGUGGCUCGAUCAGUCCCCCGAUCGCGCAGCUCCAGAGACUCUUUUGCAAGCUAGUCUCACUGGCCCAGUGUUUCCUGCCGGGAGGUCGUCGAUCGAUCGCAGACGACACCACCAGCUCCUCCACAGCCGUCACGAUCCCGACCCACGCGCCUUCAGAGGAUGCGCGCGGCUGGCCCUCCUGGCCAUACUGGGGUGAAAGUGGCAUGGCAAUUCCUACCACCAUGAUGACACCGUUCAAGGAUGGUAAUGUAUCAUAUUUGGACUUCCCAGCCUGGGAUCCGUUCCUUGCAGUCAAUGGCAACAAUUUAUUUGUCGAAAGCGAUUAUGGGAAUUGA